AAGCAUCUCAACAUAAUUGAAGACGAUUUUAGUUUGUAUGCACUCAGCGUGACCGCUGUGUUGGCUAGACCUCUUUGAAGCGUGUCGCCAUGCUCUUACUAUUAAGACCUUGACCGUGCCACCUGUAAAUAAUACACUAGAAGGGUUAUCCGUCGUUAUAUACCUGUCAUAAAAACCGGUCCAGGUAGCUUUACUCAACAAACACCUUUUGUUUGACUGCAUCAACAGCCGGCUUGGUGAUACGGUAUUCCGGCCUCACGCAACAGCUCCCUACAAGAUCUUACAGUAUGAUUAGUAAAGCAGUAAUGGGGCGGUGUCCAUCCACGGUUCGAUGCAGCUUGCGCUAGGCAUGCGCGCAGCCCUAGCAUGGUAACACCGAACAAGUACGACAUAGCGUCCGCAGCGUUGCUGGAACACGUACAGCGUAAGGUAUCAGACAUGCGUGACGGGACAGCCAGGGUGAUGCGCCAAGCCCGCGGCACCGGCAUCGAGGCUGAACACAGGUCACAUCAAGCUGCGGGCGCCAAACAAAUCUCAGAUGUUAGCGCGCUCGCUGUUGGCCUCCUCACCGUACCGAGUACAACCACCGACGACGACAAAGGUGGGAAGUCCUCGGCAAGGCAGUACCGGCCAGUACUCAGCGACGCCCAUCGUGCCAUCUUGCUUGAGCGCCGGCUAUCGGAACAAAUCAGGUUGGAACGAGACAGAGCCUCACGCUCCCUCAGUGCCCGUAAGGGGCAGUCGCCGAGCAGCAUCACCCGUCACCCCAGCCCCCGCGCAGCAUCGCCAGCCUCUCGGGGUCUCUCAAACAGGACAGAUAUCCUGACUAGCAGCCGCCACCGUCAAGCCGGCCACGCCAGCGGCCGCGGCGGCGCCAGGACUGGUGACGGUAGCGGCAGUACUGACAGCAGCAGCGAUUGGGAGGCUGGGGUGGCCGCUCAACGGGCUGUCUCCAUCUCCAAUUCCAUGCUAGCAGCACGCAACCGCCAAGGGGGUCCAGACAGUCCGGCCACUGCCAUUGCAGGUGCAUCCCGCACGCCUCAGGCUCUCCAUAAGGCACCAUCAGCGUCACCAGCCAACGCAGGUGGCACCCGGCAUGUAGGUCUUCUGGGGCUGGGGCUGCUCACAAACGGAGCUGGUGCCGAUAACACCAAGAAAUCGCUAACACCCCGCGGUGGUAGUCCCUCUAUCGUCACCAUGGCCUUGAACUCACCAGCGCUCCAGGCACUUGACCGUGCCCUGCACAGCCGCGAGCUCCGACGGCGGUCCCAAUCAGCCGGCGGCGCAAGCACAGCGGCGGCUCCGCAGUCGCCACGCAGUAGGGCCCGCGGGGAGGCCGACAGCGCUCGGCAGCGGGAGUCAGAGGACAGCAGCGACAGCGACGAUGCCGGUCUGGGUAACCUGAAGGCGGCGGAUCUGAAGCGCGCGGUCAACAUGUCGCGGUUGGGUCGGCUUGCAGAAGGGGAGCGUGCCGUACAAAACACCCCGAGGCAGCCGGCUGCUUCGGGUUCCCUCACGCGCGGGGCCCCCGCGCCUCUCCGCUCCGCUGCCCGUGCGGAGAAGCAGGUCGAUCGCCUAACUGCUGCCAUGGUUCCCAUCCCUGACAGUGGCAGCGGCAGCGUAACUGCCCGAAGGAAUAAAGCGCAUGGCAGCAGUCCUGGCAGGGGGUCGGUCCCAGUGACUGGCCGUAGCCGUGCCGCCAGCCCAACCACUAGCAGCUCAAGCAGCGAUGGCAUCCUGUUCGUACAACGACCGCAGCAGCAGCACCCGCAGCAGCGAGUGCGUGGCGGCGCGGCAGGUGGCGGCAACGGCGGUCAGGGCAGCAGCAACCGAGGCCACAGCAGCCAUCAAGCCAAGCUGGCGGUCGCAGCUGCUGCCAUGCGAGGCGAGCUUGCUAAGAAGGGAGUAUCGCCGGCAGCCCCUAGCAGCGGCGGCAGGCAAGGGAACCGUUUGCGGAUUCCCAAGCAGGGGCUGGUACUACCGGACAGCGGUGCCCACGACAGCACUUCGUCUUCGGAGUUCGAAGACGCUUACGCUGCGGCCUUCGUCGCUCGUGGGUUGCAUGGGGUGAACCAGCGGCACCCGACAAGAAGCGGCAUCGCCACAGCGCCCUCCACGACACGGCCUUCCGGCGGUCGCUACAUCAGCAGCCACAACCACAGCCGCAGCCCCAUGCCGCUUCACCCUGACAGGCACAGCGACGGGGGCGCAUCCAGUGCUUUCGAUGCUAUGAUUUCAGGCGCACAACAGCUGCAGAAUCAUCUGGAGAAAGCGCAGAAGUCGCUGCAAAGGCUGCACCUCCAAGCGCAUGGGGCUCAAGGCGGCCAGUCAGGCAGGCAGCCGGAAGCCGCCACCGCGCCAGCGCAUGAGGGAGAGCCGCCGCUGGCGCAAUGGCAUGAAAAGCAUCUGGAUCCGGAAUCCGAACGUUGGGCGAUCCGACAUGAGGUGAAACCGGAAUCGCUGGGUGCGGACACCGGUACGUCAAGUGGUAAGGGUAGACAGCUGUCGCCGGCGGUGGCGCGGCCCUCGCGCGGCGAGCGAGGCGGUGUUCAAUCGCCAACAGUGCAGGAAACUAGCCGCCGGAGCACCCCGAGGCGGCGCAUGGGUUGGGAUCGCAGCAAUGAUGAACUAUCCAACGAAUCGGACGGUGAUGGUCCUGAUAACAACCACAUGGCCUCCUGGGUGCUUGAGACGCCUGCAGCAGCACCCCCAGCGUCCCGGGGAAGUCCCGCUGCGGCUGCAGACGGCGCCGGAGCAGCUGCCCAUGCGGCCACUGUGACAACCCCGCGCCGUGACGGCCGCCGCUCCCCGUCCGCGGCGACCCCACGUCGCGAUACUGCGGCUGCAUCCUCGCAUGACGGCAGCGAUAGCGGUAGCGAUACAAAGGUGGCGUCACAUGGGACCGGUAAGAGCCCGAAGCGGCCCGGCCGCAGCCAGACUGGCAGCAUGCAGCCUUCUACGCUGCUGACGGUGCUGCAGCGGCUGCACCAACACCACCCUGAGCUGUUGGAAUCCAAAAGGCACAUGCGGCGUUUGGAGCGGCUGCUGCGGGGGUUAUCAGAGGAGGGACUGGCCGAUGCGGAGGCAGGGCAGUUGCUGCGGGAGGUAACGGCCGGCGUGCACCGCCGCGAGCAUGCUGGUGAUGAUAUCGGCAACGGGGGUAUUGCCGGUGACGGCCGUGGUGGAAGCAACGAUGCGGAAGGAGUGGCUGUGGCGCCGGGAACAGUGGCCAUUGGAGGCAGUCGCCGGAGGCAAAAGCACCGGUCGCAUGAUAACCUCACGCGCCAGCAACCGGAUGGCAAUGCUACGGCUGCCGGUGUUGUCUCUCAAGCGGACAGCGGCUUCCGUAGCAAAACCCGAGACGUCGGGUUUGACAGCAAUGGGGCUAGCGAUAGCAGCAGUAGCAGUCAGGGCUCUGGUGAUGCCGCUGAGCAGCUGGCCUCCCUGGUGCGGUCAGCGGUGCGAGGCCGGCGGGAAGAGCCAGCUAUGGCUGCCGCAGCGGCGGCUGCAGCGCUGGAGGUUAAGCAACAGGCCAAGGCCCUGCGGCGGGCGUUGCGGCGGGCCAACGAGGAACUCGAUGAUGCGGUGCAUGACCGGCGGCGGCUGAGUGAGCGGUUGGCGCAGCUGGAGGGUGGCACGGCGCAGCUUAUGCAGGCUCACUUGGUCGGCUUGAUGGGUAACGCAGCGGCGCGGAUAGUCGCCGGCAGCAGCGGCGGCGGCAAUAGCGCCGAAAACGGCUGGGGUGGCAGCGGCGGUGGCGGAGGCGGCAACACCGGCGGAGGCGCCGGUGGGGCUAUGAGCAGCGGCGAGCUAAGCUUCAACAACGCCAUGGGCCCGGGAUUUGCGGGCACGGGCGCUGCAUGGCUCGGAAACGCUAUUCCCGCGCAUCAUGUUGCAGCCACAGCCGCAGUGCAUCCUCCCACUGCACCCUCAACAAGUCCCUCUGCUCCGCCAUCGCCCAUGGCACCGAUGCCCGGUACCUGGUCUGUGCCCCCGGGUGCAGCACCGAGCAGGGCUCAUGGCGCGUCUGGGCUGCCCCGUGACACCAGCCAUGGAGUGCAUGUGGCCGGUAACCAGCAGGGGCAGGGGCGGCUGGGUCCCAGCGAAGUCAACGCGUCCAUGCGGCCUGAAAGCGGCGGCGGGCAUAUCGGCGAUGUGGCCAGUUUAGUCGCCCCAGGCAGCAACCCGCCAGCGGCAUCUGCUGCUCCUGCUGUCGUACAUGAGCAGAACGCGCACGUGUACAUGCAACACGCUCAGCCCGACAACGUGUGGGCCAGCAGACCCGGAAUUCCUGCGCAUGAGGUGUUCCCAGGGAGCAGAGCCCAGGAGCAGCCUGUCCUGCUCGACCACCCGGCUUCCCAACACCGACACGCCUCCCUUGAACAAGGGCACCAGGGGCCGAGUUCUUGGGGUCGAGGUGCAUCAGAGGACCUGCCGGCCUCCCCUAAGCACCCAAGUUACCUAGGAAGCUGCUCGUCACAGGACCUCCCGCCCUCCUCCCCCAAACCGCCAGCGUCCCAGGACCGGCGCGCCUCCGCUGACCAGCCCAGCUCCCGGCACCGCCGUACACCGGAUGACGUGUCGCAUCCCCUAGAGAGCCGAGCAUCCCAAAACCAGCCCUCUUCUCGGGACCGCCAUCCGCCCAGCGACGCAUCGGGAUCCUUCCUGGGCCGGUCAGACCCCCGUCGGGACCCCGGCACGUCCGGUCAGAAGUGGCCCGCCCACCUAGAGCGUCCACCACCUACCGGAGACCGGCGUGCGUCCCGUGACGUCAUGCCCUCAGCCACUGGGAAGGAGCAGCCACCGGUUGACCUGAUCGGCUUUCCGGGACAGCGGCCCCCAGGCGGCGAACCUCCCCCUCAAACAACCCUGACAGGAAGCCGAGCAGCCGCUGGCAUGCAUGUACCUGAGGCUCCACAUCCACCAGCCGCCGACUCCGCCUUCCGCUUCCAGCCAGCCGGUGCAGACAUGCUGCAGGCUGCGCCCAGGGGAGCUCCGCCAGGCGCCGGCAGCACCGUUGCCCCUCCUCACCGAACGUUGGAAGGUGCUCUCGGUGAGCUACUGGGCUUCAGGACAGACCCUUCGCAGCGUUCGGGAACAGCGUCCGGCGACUCUCAAGUCACUCCUGCCGCCGCCCAUGCAAGUGCCCCGCCGUUAGGUCGUCCCAUGGAUGCUGGAAGCCGAGUCAGCAGGCAGUUAGGGCCGCAUGCCGAGAUUUUUGGCGGCGACACCCAUGCUGGUACCUGUAGCCACCGCGCUGCUCCGGCACCACCACCACUGCUGCAGCGGGAGCAGCAGUCCCAACAGCAGCGCCAUGCCUCAUCGGACGGUAGCAGCCACGGCACGCGUACGACAGGCUCCUCAGCACCUCGGAGCUUGUCUGGUGGCGCCGCCGCGGCCGCACUUCUUGCGGACCUGGAAACCCAGGCGGACGCCCUGCUUGAACGCCGACGGCGCCGCCGAGCUGCUAGGGAAGGCGCCCAACCGGGACCGCCUGGCGGCCCCGCUACGGGUAGUACGGGUCCCAGCAGCAGUGCUGCUGCUGCUGCAGCACCUCCAGCACCAGCACCAGCCGCUUGGGACAGCCUUUCCGGCACGUCGGGCAGUUCCCAUUCGUUAAGAGGGGUUACUGUCGCCGAGGCACCACCGGCCGCCAGGUCAGCACCGGUGCCCGCGGUUGCUCCUUUGACGAUGUCGGACCUGCUGACGCAGCUAGGGACGGCCGGCAGCCGACGAGGCAGCCGAGACCGGGACCACGUGGGCGAUUGGGGUGCUGGGGGUGCUGCUGCCGUGCAGCGUGAAGGAGUCUCCGCUGCAGCCAUUCUGCCGCUGCUGUCCUCUUGCUGCUCAUUGGUAGCUGAGUCCUCGGGGUUUGAUUCGCGGCCGGCUGCUGCAGUGCGAAGUGCCUCGGCCGGGAGCGCGGCUGCGGCAGCGGCGCUAGGCGCUUCGUCGCCACGGCAGGCGCCGACGGCUGGCGGCAUGCAAACCAGGGUGCCGAUGAUGCUAGACAGGGGCGCUUCUGCGUCCUUGGCUGGGCCGUCCGGCUGGCGGCGUGGAGGUGUGGACCCUGAUGGUGCCGGAGAGGAGACGGAGGUAGCGAGGCAGGAGGAAGACGGUACGGAGGAGGAAGUAGAAGUGACGGUUGGCAGCUUUGGUGAGGAGGAGGAGGAGGAAGGCGAGAACGGCGGGGUGCAUGAGCUACCGGUGCUGUCACCCGGUCGUACCCAGCUGGAGCGUGGGUCCUUCCAUUCCUCCGCCGGUGCUGCUGCGGUAUUUCAAAGCGAUGUCAAUGGUGGUGCCCGCGGCGGCGACAGGCAUCCACGCGGCGGCGACGGUGGCGGUCGAGGCGAGCCUCUGACGCCGCGGCGGCGCGGGGCGAGGCUCGUGGAGCUCACUCGGCAGUUAGGAGCCCGACUGGGAGCCCAGGCUGCAGCGCUGGCGGCGGAGGCGGAGGCAGAGGAGCUGCAUGUGCUGAGACAACAUGACGGCGGCGGAGGUGCGGGUGCAGGUGCAGGACGUCCUGUUGGAGGAGCGGCAUCACGGUUGGCGCAUUCGGCCGGCAGUGGGCGCGGCGGACCCGCUGGUGGUGGUGGUGGAGGUGGAGCCGGAGACGUGGGGCGAGGAGGAGGGGUUGGCGACAGGGCGGUGUUGCGGCAGCGUUGCUUGGAGCUGGAGUCACAGUUGGAGGCCCAAGCGGAGGAGCUGCAGCGGCUGCUGACCGCAGCAGCGGCGUCCCUUUCCGCCGGAACAUCCCCUCAACAGCAACCCCGUCAUGGUGCACCGCCACGACACCACCGUACCGAACAGCAGAGGCAGCAGCAGAGCGAGCUGCUUGCCUCCCGGUGUCGUGUCCUUGAGCGGCAUCUCAUGGCGGUGCAUGAGGAGAUGGACACCUUGUUGGUUCGUACACGUGGCAUCAAGGCUGCAGUGUCUGACGGCGCCGCCAACAUUCGAGAGCACCUUGUGCAGCUGGGCUCGAGGAUGGACGGUCUGGAAGAAGAAAAUCAGCAGUUGAGAUCGGUUGUACGGCAAUCGUAUGAAUCCAUCGACAGGGCUGCGGCACUGUCGGGACAGAUCUCGGAGCUACAAGGCCAGGUUGACUUGCUAACCCUCGACAAACAGGAACCGCAGCUCCAACUGGAGCUAGCCAAGCUGGACAGCGCUCGCAGCUCCUCCAGGGGGGGCGCGGCGGCCGAGGCGAAUGCGGAGCGGCAGCAGCUGCAGGAGCGACUUGCGGAGCUCACCGCCCAUGUGGCCGACCUGUUGCGAGGCAAGGCCCAGCUAGAGGCGGAGGCGCAGCGGCUGCAGACAGAGGCCAACGCCGCCAAGGCAGCAACCAGCAGCAGCGCUGCCGCCGGCGGAGGCGGAGGAGGAGCUUAUGGGUCCGCCGUCACUGCCUCGGCCGCCACCACACCCCUAACCGUGCCGCGUGGGCAACGCCUCCCGGUGCCGCAGUCUCCUAGGGGCAGCACCGCUGCCGUCGCCGCCGCCGGUGCUGCUACUGCCGCAGCCGCCUCCACAUCCGCCGCCGGUAUGAGGACAGCGGGGCAGGCCACUGCGCGCUCGUUCUCUGGUGGAGUCGCUUCGUAUGCUGGUGCGGGCCCGGCGCCCAUAGCAACGCAACUGAGAGGCGGCGGAAACAGUAGCAGUGGGGGCGGUAGCGGCGGCGGGAGUGGAAGCGGUCGGGGCAGUAGCGGUGGCAGCGAUUCGGACGGGUUACUGCUGGCCCGGAUGUCUCAGCUUCAGCGGCAGGUUCUCAAGCUGAGGGCAGAGAACGAGGACCUCCGCAUUCAAGCCGUGUCGAGUGCCAGAAGCAGCAGCCCGAGGGCUGGCCCCUCAAACCUCCGAGAAUUGCAGGCUGAGAUGGGGAGCUAUGACCGGCAGGUGGUGGUGGAGCGGUGGGUGCACAGCCACGUAAAUGCAGGAAUGCAGGCGCAGACGGGGGAUCCUACCUUGUUAACGCUCCAAGCCAACGCUCAGCAGCAGCAGCAGCGGCAGUUGUCGCCCCGCCAAGGGCAGCAGCAACAGCAGCGGCAACCGCUACAGCAACAAGUUGCCGCCACGGGGGCAGGAACAACAGCCAUGAACCGGCAACCCGUAUACCAUCCCCAACCACGACAGCAGCAGCAGCAGCAGCAACAUCCCAGUGUCAACAUUGCUUCGGGCUACGCUCGAGCAGCGCCAGUGCCGUCACCCUCACCUGCACCUAGACAUGCGCCGUCACCCUCGUCGGCAAGGGAAUACCGCGUUAACUUCAGCGUGGAGUCAGUGGGGCGGUCGACCGGAGCUGCGACUGCAUCCGCGGCGACAGCUGCAGCGUCGUCUCCAAGGCGCGCCUCCCCGAGGUCUGCCUCCCCGGUUGCUGGUCGCAUGAGCGCCACCCUAAUGCCAGGCGGUCAAUACAGGCACCGGUGAGGCAGACCCGGAGAUUGAGGAGGUCCAGGCGAGGACAUUCUGCAGCUGAUGCCGUACUUGACUGGAAGCUGGCGGCUGCAGGGGCAUUUGCUGGCGAGAAGACGCAACGUCGGUACGCCCAUCAUGUGGUCUCCUCGCCUCUGCGCCCAUGCCGGAGCCCAGCAAGGGCCCACGUGGCAUGGGCUGAUCAUGCUGCGCUUGGCCCGUGGAAUGCAGCCAUGCGUUCUGGAAGGAAGGGCAUGUGGAAACGUGGGUGCGCAUGUGGAUGGUGCAUGCAAAAAUGCACGGCGGUUACAAGAGGCUUGGUAUAUGCGCUCGUGUCGUACAUAUGUUCUCUAGCGAAGCAAGCGCUCACGUACAGAGAAUGGCCUGGCGUGGUCCUUACAGUGCGUAGAAGUAGCAUGAAGUCUCCUCUGUGUCAGAGCCCCCAGGCUUCCGGAGUUAGGUAGCACUGCCAGGGCAUGGCUGGUACACUGCGCAUGUAGACUGCAUUGGCCUUUAAUGGCGGGAUGGCAAGCUCAAUGUGUUUUUAGCAUGUUACCGUGAAGACUUUGUAGGGGAAAUGCUACAUAUCCUGGUAAAGUGUUUCCAAUCAUGCUAAGCCAAGACUUGCGGCUUUUCACAUUGGGCGGGUUUAUCCCGUGUCUCCGGCUUAAAUUCAGCUGGCUAGCACUCAUGCAUGAAACAAAACACAUCUUCAGGGUAGUUGCGGUUGCAUGCCUACAACACAUGCUUGGGGCUGCCAAGGGCUGCCCAGGCCCCAAUUUCGCGCCAGCCGGCUUCCAUUGGACUCAUCUAUGCCACCCUACCGGUAUUCUAUCUCAUGCGCUGGAGCGAUCCGCCCAGGCCUUCGCAUGUACCGGUUCAACCAUAGCCGCAAGCUACCGGUACCAU